UGUUCCCUGCGCUCCUCACGUUCCUCUUCUCUAAAACCACUUUUUUUCUUCAGGUUCUCUCACAUUUUUUUUUUCUUUUUCCAAAUGCUUCAUUUUAGUCAAAUUAACUGCCUAACUGUCUAAAAAGUUUUUCAUCACCUUUAUCAGAGUUCUCAUGGAGUGAUCAAUCAUUGUGAAAUUGAAAAAAAAAGUUUUUUUUUUAAAAAGAAAGAAAAUUGAUAACCCAUAGAUCAAGGGAAAAUGUUUUUUUUUUCUCUUUAUGAUGUUUUGCUGCCGUGAGAAAUCACAUAAUUAUGUCAAGCUUUAAUUAAGGAUAUAAUUUAUUCUAAUUCUUGGGCUUGUUUCUUUUCAUGGUUCCAACUUCUAGGAUGUCUGGAAAAAACUAGCCCUAUUUUCUUGUUUUCUUCCUGCAUUUAUUCUUUGGAUUCCUUUUUUUUUGGGUUAUUUAACAGAUGUAGCUUCAAUCUUACUUCUUUAUAUAUUUUACUAUAUAUAGGAUCUGAACCAUCAUUUAUAUUUUAUUGCUAAAGGGGUUCUUUGGUUGGUCGAUCUAGCAGCAUCUUCUUGUGGGUCAGCUCAGUUUCUGCUGUAGUGUCAUUUGAGCAAGAAUCCAAAUUUGUGUUGAAGAAUUUUUGACUAUCUGGGGUUCUUUUGAACCCAAAGAUUUGGCCUCUUCUCUUGAGAAAGAUUGGAUUUUGAUUAUCUGGGGUUCUUUUAACCUCAAAGAUUUGGUCUUUUUCUUGAGAAAGAUUGGAUUUUGAUUAUCCGGGGUUCAUUUAAACUCAAAAAUUUAGCCUUUUUUCUUGAGAAAGAUUGGAUUUUUGUCUCAAGUUUGUGAAUUUUUUGAGGAAAAAGGCUAUUGUUUUAUGUUUCUUUUGGGGCUUGAGUAAUGUUUAUUUCUACGGAAGAUGAAAACAUCUCAUUGCCUUUGGCAAGUGGGAAAGCAUUGGAGAAUUCUUCUCCAAUAGGAUCAAAUCCAGAUUCCUAUGAUGAUGAGUCUUCCCAAGAGAUUCCUUCAACUUUCACAAAUGUCAAUGUGGUUCAAGAAGAUGAAAAGUUUCAGCUUGAGCAGAGGAUUUUGAAUUUAGAAGGUGAAAUUGCGAGUUUGAGGCAUAAAGAGAGAUCUUUGGAUGAAAAAAGAAGAGAAGCAUUGAAUAAGAUACUAGACAUUAAAGGUUGCAUUCGGGUGUUUUCCCGAGUUAGACCAUUUUUACCUACAGAUAAACAGAGAAUUCAUCAACCGAUUUCAGUUGAAUCAGAGAAGAUUGUGGUAAGAUCUGGUGGAAGCAGGAAAGAAUUUGAAUUUGACAAGGUUUUCCCUCAGGAAUCAAUCCAAGAAGAUGUUUUUGCUGAGGUUGAGCCAAUUAUCAGAUCUGCACUUGAUGGGCACAAUGUAUGUAUAUUAGCUUAUGGACAAACUGGAACUGGCAAGACAUACACUAUGGAGGGAAUCACCGAGUCUCCUGGGAUCAUUCCUCGUGUUCUUCAGGAGCUUUUUAACCUUUCCUCUUUAGAUAGCUCGAUUUCAUUUACAUUUUCGAUUAGCAUGCUCGAAGUCUAUUUGGGAAGUAUAAGGGAUUUGCUUGCUCCAAGACCUUCCAGUCGGAAAUACACUGCAUCGAGAUGCAAUCUAAAUAUUCAAACAGAUUCAAAAGGAUCAGUUGAAAUCGAUGGUUUAACUGAGGUAGAAAUCUCUAAUUUUACGAAAGCAAAAUGGUGGUAUCAUAAGGGGAGGCGAGUUAGAUCCACAUCGUGGACGAAUGUAAAUGAAACAUCCAGCAGAUCGCAUUGCUUGACGAGAAUCAAUAUAUAUCGCUAUGGGGAUGCUUUGGGAGUUAAAGCAGAAGCAAGCAAACUGUGGAUGGUUGACCUUGGAGGGAGUGAGCGGCUACUUAAAACGGGAGCUACUGGACAAACCCUUGACGAGGGGAGGGCGAUAAAUCUCUCUCUUUCUGCACUAGGUGAUGUUAUUGCAGCUCUUAGAAGAAAGAGAGGCCAUGUUCCUUAUAGAAAUAGCAAAUUGACACAAGUUCUCAAGGAUUCUUUAGGUGACAGAUCAAAAGUUUUGAUGGUAGUCCAUGUUAGCCCAUAUGAAGAGGAUGUUGGAGAGACGACAUGCUCCUGUACCUUUGCAAAGAGAGCAAGAGCAGCAGAAUGCAACAGAGAAAUCUCAGAAGAAUCAAAGAAGCAAAGAGAAAAGAGGAUUGCCGAGCUUGAGGAGCAAAUGAAGGAAGCUGAAGAGGGAUGCACAUUACUUAGGACUCAAAUACAGAAGGCUGAUUUUUUAUUGAGUGAGAACAAAAGGCUUUUCGUGAAGAAAUAUCAGCCACUUGAAGAUGAAGAAACCUUUUCUAUAACCCCAAAGGAAAACAUCGCUGAAAUCACAGCAACUCCAAGAAAUUCUGAGGAGGCUAAAACAAAUGUCACUAGCUCAGUGCCUCGAUUCAUGAGUUCCACGGUUGCCAGUCGAAUAAGGGAGACUACAGCAGAAAGGGAAAUCCACAGCAGACCAAAAAGUGUGAGAUCAUGGGCUAGGAGCUCUAUGCAAAUUUCUGGUUCACAAUCAAACAGCUUUGAUCGUCGUUUCAAAGCUCAGCUACGAACUUCAAAUAAAAGAUCACGUUAUAGUGAGACUACUACCAUAGCAGGGGAUAUUAAGUAUGGUGAUGAUUCAGAUAUUAAGCCAUCUGUCUUACCACAAAGCAAGACUAUCGCGCCCUCGGAUCCAAAGCCUAGAAGACCACUAGCUCACCACAGAAGGAGGAUGUCUGAUCUGCUCUAACUAUUAUAAGAGUUGGUCAAAGGUGCUUUAGUUUUUUUGUUUUUUUCCUUUUGGUGUUUUUUGUUUGGUGUUGCUGCUGCUACUACCAUUGAUGUGGAAGUAAUUCAAGACUGCUAGAAAAAUUCUUUGGGGGUUCAUGUGUUAUAGGUGUGACAUUUCUUGGGGUAGGAUUAAUAUUAUACUUUGCAAAAAGAAUGUUUUUUUUGAGCUUGUGUUUUUACAUCAAGUCUCAUAUUAUUGAGACUGUGUGAAGAAAGUGCAUGCAUGGAAAGAGAUUUUCAAUUCAUAUUGUAACCAUAAAACAUUGUUACUGCAGUUCAGAAUGUAUUAAAAAAAACUGACUAUUUGAAGUU